AUCAUACUACAUUACUUGAAAACAACUAGUGAUCAACAACAAUAACAAGAAAAAACAAGAAGAAAAGAGAAUGCCUCCUCUCUCUCCCUCUCCGUCUUUCUCUCCCUCUCUCAAAACAAAAUUAAGGAGAGAAAAAAAUUAAAAAAAAAAAAGAAGAAAUUUUCCUUUUUUAUUCCCCCCCGAUGUUCUAUUAGAUUUUCCUUACCAUCACCGUCACUGUCUCUCUCUCUUAAUUUGUUUCUUUGUUUAAUUAAAAUUAAGGAGGAUUAGGGUUUCAAUAACUUUUAUUGUUAACAACAAUAAGAGAUUAUAGAGAAUUUGAACAUGGAGCCACGUGUCGGCAACAAGUUUCGUCUCGGUCGCAAGAUCGGUAGCGGAUCCUUUGGAGAGAUCUAUCUCGGUGCUAAUAUUCAGACCAACGAAGAGGUUGCAAUCAAGCUUGAAAAUGUCAAGACAAGGCAUCCUCAAUUGCUGUAUGAAUCCAAGUUGUACAAAAUGCUGCAGGGAGGAACUGGAAUACCGAAUGUUAAAUGGUUUGGUGUUGAAGGCGACUAUAAUGUCCUUGUCAUGGAUUUACUGGGACCUAGUCUUGAGGAUCUGUUCAACUUUUGCAGUAGGAAACUGUCUCUGAAGACUGUACUCAUGCUUGCAGAUCAGAUGAUUAAUAGAGUUGAAUUUGUUCAUUCCAAAUCCUUUCUUCAUCGAGACAUCAAACCAGACAACUUUCUGAUGGGAUUAGGGAGGCGUGCUAAUCAGGUCUAUGCCAUCGACUUUGGUCUAGCCAAGAAGUAUAGAGACACUUCAACACAUCAACACAUUCCUUACAGAGAGAAUAAAAAUUUGACUGGAACUGCAAGAUAUGCUAGCAUGAACACUCACCUUGGCAUUGAGCAAAGCCGCAGGGAUGAUUUAGAAUCUCUUGGAUAUGUUCUUAUGUAUUUCUUAAGGGGAAGUCUUCCAUGGCAGGGACUAAAAGCUGGUACAAAGAAGCAAAAAUAUGAAAAAAUCAGUGAAAAGAAAGUUUCAACUUCUAUUGAGGCCUUGUGUCGGGGUUAUCCUACGGAAUUUGCAUCCUAUUUCCAUUACUGUCGGUCACUUCGUUUUGAUGAUAAACCAGAUUACGCUUACCUGAAACGACUCUUUCGCGAUCUUUUUAUUCGUGAAGGUUUCCAGUUUGACUAUGUUUUUGAUUGGACGAUUUUGAAAUAUCAGCAAUCACAGAUUGCUAAUCCUACUACUCGUGCACAUGGCCCUGGUGCUGGACCAAGCUCUGGCAUUCCUCCUCCUGGUGCUAAUAAUGCUGAUAGGCAGUCAGGUGGGGAAGAAGGUGGACCUGGUUGGCCUUCAAUAGAUCAUGCUCGAAGGCGAAACUCUGGACCUAUUGUGAAUUCUGGAAAUUUAUCAAAACAAAAGAGCCCUGUUACAAAUGAUCUAUCUUUAUCAAAAGAUGCCACGUUGUCCAGCUCAAAUUUUUUGCGAUCUAUUGUAUCAUCAAGGAAUCCUGUUGUCUCCAGUAGUCGUGGUGCAGCCUUUGGGAACGAUUCUGAUCCUUCUCGUCCUCGCACAACAGAUGCAAGCUUUGCAGUGCUUCAGAAUGGGCAAAGAAGUUCAGCUGCUUUAUCUUCAGAGCAGAAGCAUUCGUCUUCUGGUAGAAAUACCAACAUAAAGACUUUGGAGUCGACUCUUAAGGGCAUUGAGAGUCUGCACGUCAAUAUAGAAGGAAGGUUACAUCAUUAACCGAUGUCAAUUACAAAUGCUUCCUGCUGUAAAUUUAUAAUCGGAUACUGUUGUUGCAUAUUGAGUGAUGUGUUUUGUCUUGCUAA